AAUCACUAAGUUUUAACUUUCUUUUAACAUAACAAUACACCUUUCUCCCCCUCUCUCUUUCAAAUAUCAAAACAUAAACUUUUUUUGUUAGGUAAUAACUCAACAUGGGGAGGAUGGUUCUUAUAGCUGCAGCAAUGACUCUUUUUGUGACCCUUCAAGUUUUGCAAGCUCCAUUAAUGGUUUCUGCCGCUACCAAAGGAAAGACGGUAACUAUUUUGAGUAUCGAUGGAGGUGGUAUUAGAGGCGUUAUUCCUGGCACCCUUCUUGCCUUCCUUGAAUCCAAACUUCAGGAACUUGAUGGACCAAAUGCAAGACUUGCAGAUUACUUCGAUGUAGUAGCAGGAACAAGCACAGGUGGAUUAGUAACAACUAUGCUUACUGCUCCUAACAAGGAUAAUCGUCCUUUAUAUCAAGCAAAAGACAUUUCCAAUUUCUACAUGGAACAUGGCCCUCAAAUUUUUCCUCAAAGCAGGCGUAACAGCUUUGUGAGAAGGGUCACAAAUUUGUUUGGAGGACCAAAGUAUGAUGGCAUAUACUUGAGAACAAUUAUUAAUUCAAUAUUAGGCAAUAUUACAAUGAAGCAAACGUUGACUAAUACAGUCAUACCUACUUUUGAUAUCAAACGUCUUCAACCAAUUAUCUUCAGUACUGCUGAUGCAAAAGCAAAUAUCUCAAAGAAUGCUCAAUUAUCAGACGUUUGCCUUAGUACAUCGGCCGCACCCACAUAUUUCCCAGUGCACAGUUUUGAGACUAAGGAUGCUCAAGGGAAACCACGUACGUUUGAUCUUGUCGAUGGAGGUGUAGCUGCAAAUAAUCCAACCUUAAUGGCAAUAACAUACGUUUCAAAACAAAUCAUGACGGGCAACUUUCAAUACGAGGGUAUGAAGAAUAUGGACUGCAAGAAAAUGUUGGUCCUGUCGUUGGGCACUGGUAUAGGCAAGCAGGAAGAGAAGUAUAAUGCUACAGUGGCUUCCAGAUGGGGGAUGUUAGGUUGGGUGUACAACAAUGGUGCCACUCCUUUGAUAGAUAUCUAUGGUGAUGCAAGUGCUGAUAUGGUAGACAUACAUGUUUCCACCAUGUUUCAGACCCUUGGUAGUGAGAAGAACUACAUCAGAAUUCAGGAUGACAAUUUGACAGGGGAGGCUGCAUCUAUGGAUAUUGCAACAACAAAAAACAUGGAGACACUAGUACAAAUUGGUAAUGAUCUAUUGAAGAAGCCAAUUUCAAGGGUCAACUUAGAAACAGGCCGAUAUGAACCAGUUGUUGGGGAAGGCACCAACGAAGCUGCUAUAGUCCGCUUUGCUCAGUUGCUUUCAGAGGAACGGAAGCUCCGAAUAAACUAAGGAAAUACUUGUAGAUUUUUUCACACAAUUUGUUGGACGAUUAGAGGAUUAAUUUGUAUUCUUUUACCUUCAAUAGUUAAGCGCCUAAAUAGUAGACCAUGUUGUAAUAUGAGAAUAAAUAUCCCAAGAGGAAAAUAAAAUUUAUGUAAUUGUUCUGUUUUUUUCUCAUAAA